CGUCAAUAUUCUUUGUACUGCCCGAUAAAUGAAAAAUGGCUCUUGGCGUUCGGGGCUCCGUUUUUUGCAUUAAGAAGUUUGGCACACCAAUAUUCUUCAGAAAUUCAAUAUUACGCAGAGCACUGUCAGUUGCCAGUGGAAAAUAUGCUGAAAAACGAGAGAUGAUAACUUAUGAUUUAAACGUGGUGAACGUACCUCCAGAAGAAAUUGAACGUCAACAUAACAUGAAAGGCGGUCUCAUUGAGGUCGAUGAUAUGGAAGACCUGUCAUUAGUCUCCGGUGUUCCUCAGGAACAUAUAAAAAGUCGCACGGUGCGUAUUUAUCAACCAGCAAAAAAUGCUAUGCAGUCUGGUACCAGCAACAUCAAUUUCUGGCAAAUUGAUUUUGAUACACGAGAGCGAUGGGAGAAUCAUCUGAUGGGUUGGAGCUCAACAGGUGAUCCACUAUCAAAUCUCAAAUGUGAAUUCCAAACGAAAGAAGACGCUAUUGAACACUGCGAGAAGAUGAAAUGGAAAUGGUUCGUCCAAAAGCCAAACCACUCAGCUCCGAAGGCACGAUCAUAUGGCUCUAAUUUUGCAUGGAACAGGCGUACUAGGGUGUCCACUAAAUGAUCUUGGGCUUAAGUAAUCUGAAAAUGUCCCUAGCAUUAUACAGCAUUAGUCAUGUACGACGAAGUACUGGAUCUCGAAUAAAAAUGAUAAAUUGUACAUGAAAUCCUGUCUUAAUUUCAAAAGCAAUAAAUUCAUAAGUUCAAGAAA